AUGGGUGUGAUAUCCUCAAAAUGGGUUUCUUUUCUUCUGUUUUUCUUGUGCAUUACCCUUCAUUUGAGUGCAAUCACCCUUGGUGAUGACAAGCUUGACAAAACUAGAUAUCGAGAUGAUGAUUGUAGGUGGAAUCGAAGACGUUGUAGAGGCCGCUUUGGUCGUGGACGUGGGGGAGGACUAGGAGGUGGUGGUGGAGGGCUUGGAGGUGGAGGUGGUGCUGGAGGUGGACUUGGAGGUGGAGGUGGUGCUGGAGGAGGACUUGGUGGUGGUGGAGGGCUUGGAGGUGGAGGUGGUGCUGGAGGUGGACUUGGAGGUGGAGGUGGUGCUGGAGGAGGACUUGGUGGUGGUGCUGGAGGUGGUGCUGGAGGAGGUGGUGGAUUUGGUGGUGGUGUUGGAGGUGGAGCUGGUCAUGGUGGGGGAGUUGGAGCUGGAGGAGGUGUAGGUGGUGGCGCUGGAGGUGGUGUCGGUGGAGGUGGUGGUUUUGGUGGUGGUGGAGGAGGUGGUGUUGGUGGUGGGUCAGGACAUGGUGGAGGCUUUGGAGCUGGAGGAGGGAUAGGAGGUGGAGCUGGAGGGGUUGGUGCUGGGGGCGGCGGUGGUGGAGGUGGUGGAGGAGGAGGAGGUGGUGGUAUUGGUGGCGGUUCAGGUCAUGGUGGAGGCUUUGGAGCUGGAGGUGGUGUAGGUGGUGGUGGUCUCGAAGGUGGUGCUGGAGGAGGUGGCGGUGGUGGUGGCGGAGGAGGUGGAGGUCUAGGUGGUGGAUCAGGACAUGGUGGUGGCUUUGGGGCAGGUGGAGGUCUAGGAGGUGGAUCUGGUGGAGGUUUAGGUGGUGGUGCUGGUGGAGGUGGAGGAGCAGGAGGUGGCCUUGGUGGAGGUCAUGGUGGUGGCGCUGGUGGAGGAUUUGGAGUUGGCAUUGGUGUAGGAAUUGGAGUUGGAGCUGGUGCUGGAAGUGGUUCAGGCAGUGGUGGUGGUGGUGGACAUUAA